UCAUUUCAGGCGAUUUUCAGUGUGUCCACGUCCAGUUUAGUGCUGUGACAUGUUUAGCGUGCGGUAUUUCUUCCGUUAUAACUGUGCAAAUUUUAGGUAUAGACUGGGAAGACGUAAAGCCUUAUUCGAAAAAAGAAAACGGAUAAGUGACUAUGCCUUAGUUAUGGGAAUGUUUGGAAUUAUUGUUAUGGUGAUAGAAAACGAACUUUCAAGUGCGGGAGUAUAUCGCAAAGACGAAUUUUAUUCAAUUGCGCUCAAAACUUUGAUAUCUGUUUCGACUGUGAUCCUCUUAGGUCUAAUUGUGGCCUACCAUGCUUUAGAAGUGCAGCUUUUCAUGAUAGAUAACUGCGCCGAUGAUUGGCGCAUAGCAAUGACGUGGCAGAGGAUAUGCCAAAUUUCGAUGGAGCUGAUCAUUUGUGCGGUGCAUCCCAUCCCAGGCCACUACUUAUUCGUGUGGACGACAAAGCUGGCAAACAAGAAUGGCGGAAUCGGUCGAAAGUGCGUACCGUACGAUGUGCCCUUGUCACUCCCGAUGUUCCUCAGGCUGUACCUCAUCUGUAGGGUCAUGCUGUUGCACAGCAAGUUGUUCACGGACGCAUCGUCGCGUAGUAUAGGUGCACUAAAUCGGAUUAACUUCAACACUAGGUUCGUGUUAAAGACAUUAAUGACUAUUUGUCCCGGGACAGUGCUGUUGGUGUUCAUGGUCUCGCUGUGGAUCAUCGCCAGCUGGACGUUGAGGCAGUGCGAGAGGUAA